UGGAAAUGGAGCGAGGCCAUGGUGGGGCUCCUCAGGCUCGGGGCUAGGAGCUGCCGUCCUCUCCGUGCUCUCAGGAGAGCGGGGAAGGUGUCAUGGGGCAAUGUCCCCCCAGCUCAUCCCAAAAUCCCCUGGUGAACCCCUCUGGAGUGGAGCCAGGUCUUUGGCUGCCUCCUCACUGCCUUGCCCUUGGCAGCGGCCAGGCAAUCGUGCAGGCCUUUGCUUUACUGCCUUCUCAUGGUGCUGGCUGCGCUGAUGCCCUUGGCUAGAGCAGCGCUACCUGAAUCCCGCCCUUUCCAUGUCUCUCAGGGCUCAGCUGAGGGCGUCUGUCCUCACAUCACCCCAAAAGCCCGCUGUAAAUGUAGAAGUGAUAAGAGCAGUCAGCUGGCUGGGAGGGAAGAGGAGGGAGGAGGAUGUUGCGUGGGGAAAGUUGAGGGUCUCUGUGUCUCAACAUGCAGGGCCCCGUGCUGGUCAGAGCUUCCCCUUGGACUAACCGGUCUUAACAGCAAGGUCCUGUUCCAAUUCUGCCAAAAUGGCACCCAAAAAGAAAACUCCCAAGAAGCCCAAGGUGGAUAAAGAGGAUGCAUCCAUCACCCCAGUGAUGGUGGAAGAUUCUUUGCUAGAUGUUGAACACCUCAAUCACUUGAAUGGAUUGUACGACAGCGGCUCUAACGGCUUCCACUGCACGGCCACGGAGGUUGAAGCGCCAGACCAUGGAGCCAGCCUUUUGGAGGGGAUGAACCAGAUGCGCCAGAAGCAGUUCCUCUGCGAUCUCACCAUUGCCACGAAAACAAAGUCUUUUGAGGUGCAUAAGCUCGUCCUGGCUUCCUGCAGCGAGUACUUCCACCGCCUGCUGCAGAGGGACCCUCAGCUGCGCCAGGUGGAGCUCCACGACAUCUCACCACUGGGCCUGACCACCAUCAUCACCUAUGCCUACACGGGGAAGCUGAGCCUCUCACUGUACACCAUCGGCAGCACCAUCGCUGCGGCCACCCAGCUGCAGGUGCCAACACUGCUGAACAUGUGCAGUGACUUCCUCAUUCGGGAGAUGGCUGUGGAGAACUGCGUGUACAUCGCCAACAUCUCAGCCACCUACAGCCUCAACCAGGUGAAAGACGCCACACGGAAAUUCAUCCGGGAAAACUUCCUGGAGUUCUCCAAGACUGACCAGUUCAUGAAACUCCCCUUCGAUCAGAUCAAUGAGUUGCUGAUGGAUGAUGGCCUGCAGAUACCCAGUGAGGUUGCAGCUUUCCAGAUCGCUGUCAAGUGGCUGGAGUUUGACCCGAAACGGGUCCGCUAUGCUGCUGACCUCCUGAGCAACAUUCGAUUUGGCACAAUCUCAGCUCCGGACUUGGUCAACCAUGUGCAACCUGUGCCACGCAUGAUGCAAGAUCCACAAUGCCACAAGCUCCUUGUGGAUGCUAUGAAUUACCACCUGCUCCCUCACCAGCAAAACAGCCUUCAGUCUCGGAGAACCAGGAUACGGGGAGGCCAGAGAGUGCUUGUCACAGUUGGGGGUCGUCCAGCUUUGACCGAGAAGGCUCUUAGCAGGGACAUCAGCUACAGGGAUGCAGAGGGAAACUGGAACAAGCUGACAGAGAUGCCAGCAAAAAGUUUUAACCAGUGCGUUGUGGUGAUGGAUGGAUUCAUCUACAUUGCGGGUGGUGAAGACCAAAACGAUGCCAGGAACCAGGCCAAGCAUGCCGUCAGCAGCCUGAACAGGUACGACCCCCGCUUCAACACCUGGCUGCACCUGGCCAGCAUGCAGCACAGGAGGACGCACUUCAGCCUGAACGCCUGCGAAGGGCUCCUCUACGCUGUCGGAGGGCGCAACGCCGAGGGCGCUUUGGCAUCUGUCGAGUGCUAUGUCCCCACCACCAACAGCUGGCAGAGCAAGGCGAGCCUAGAGACACCCCGCUGCUGCCACGCCACCACUGUCAUUGAUGGCAAGCUCCUGGUCACCGGUGGCUACAUCAGCCAUGCCUAUUCUCGCACAGUGUGCUGCUACGAGCCCAGCAGUGACACCUGGAGAGAGCAGGCAAGGCUCAGCACCCCCAGGGGCUGGCACUGCGCAGCCACCGUGGCCAACCGAGCGUACGUGCUGGGUGGGAGCCAGCUGGGUCCCCAGGGCGAGCGGGUGGACGUGAUGUCCGUGGAGUGCUACAGCCCACUCACGGGGCAGUGGAGUUACAUGGCACCCCUGCCCACGGGGGUCAGCACAGCUGGGGUGGCUUUGUUGGAGGGGCGCUUAUGCCUGGUGGGUGGCUGGAACGAGAGUGGGAAGAGGUAUCAGAAAUGCGUGCAGUGCUACAAUCCUGACCUCAAUGAGUGGGUUGAGGACGAGGACCUCCCUGAGGCCACCGUGGGUGUCUCAUGCUGCACCAUCACCCUCCCACGCCCCCUGAGCUCCAGGUCCCGGGCCAGCUCUGUGGCCUCAGCAGCAGCCAGCACAUAAAGAGCCCCGAGUGCCACAUGGCUUAUGCCAGCAGCUAGGGAAGGAGACAGAGCUCAGGAGUGUAGCGCAGCUGGAUGGGCAGGCACGCUGGUGUUUGGAGUCACUGCAAAGUCUCAGACACUCUUAUUCCAUCAUGGCAAGUUUUGGGCUCUAGGAAAGCUUCUUCUGAGCUGCCUGCAUCUCCAUCCCGCAGCUUAAGCAGGUACUGCUCAAGCAGGGCAGACACGGAAGCAAGCAGGACAGAAAAGCUUUUUUCCUCAGCCUGCAGCACUGUAUUGCAGUGUGGACUGGAAAAAAAUGGGAAAAAAUAAAAGAAGAAAAACAAACUAGAAUAAUGCAGGAGAAAUUGUACUGUAGGAGUAGUAUCAUGAGACACUUUGAACAGUAGUAUUGCUAUUAGUUACAAGAAAGUGACAGGUCUGGAACAGACCCUGUUGCUCACGUAGCAUUUGUUCAAGGGAAAAACAUUUAAUAUUUACUCAUUGAAGCUAGAUACCUUCACACUAGGAAUAAAGUGAACCUUGACAGCAAGGAAGAGAACUACUGGAGCAACUCACAAAGAUCUCUUGCUCUUCCAAGUGCUGCGCUGUAGUUCAGAAGGUAUCAGGAAAGUGCCUGAGGAUGCUAUAAGACUCUAGGAAAUGUGAGAGGCCAAUGGUGCCCUGAAAAUAAGUGUCAGCUGGAACAGAAUCCCUCCACAGCUAAACCAGGAGCAGUUAGAUUUAUUCCUAGCCAGGUCCUGUUACUUUGUACUAUUGAGCUGACAGCUUGGUUUUGAACUUAGUGCUUCCCCAUUACUGUAACCACAGUCUGACCCGCGAAAGGAGAAAUCAUUGGGAAACUCAAGUUUCCAGGGGCAAACACUUGCUUAGUGCCUGGGGUCUCUCCCUGUCACUACAACUGAGUGAGACAGUAACCAGUCUUUAUUAAAACCUGGCUCCCCUUUCAGAGGGCACAGGGACUGCAGAGCAGACUCAGUCUCUUGGGCCAAGUACAUUGCGAGGGACGGCACCACAGCACCCCAAACCCUGCCCCGGCAGGUCUCGGAUACAGCCCCAGAGCAGUGAUAGCCUGUGACGAGCAGGAGGCAAGAGAGAGAGCAACGAUUAUUUCCUGGUCUCAAACCCACAGUCAUAACAAGACAUCAGUCACAACAAGACAUCAGUCACAUGCUGAGGCCAGCAUCUUCUGGUAACGGGUCCUGUUCCUGGAGCACAUGCAUCAUUCUAGAGUGGCUUAUCACCUUUGUCUCAGGCUGAGGCAGCUACGUGCUGCCGAGCAUCCAGACAAAUGUUCGGUUUUGUUCUGGUCUCUUUUGCACAGCACAGUGAAAUGGCAUCCAGGAAGCCAAUGAGCUGCACAAGGGAACCCCAAUGUGCCCUGAAGAUGCCAAGACAAGAGCCUCAGCAAAGCAGGCUGGUUUGCUUCCUUUCGCAACUCACCAAAACUGAGCAGCUUGCCAUAGUUAGUUCACAGGUCUUCCUCUGAGAAUUCUGUCUCAAUUAAAGAGUUCACAUCAAGCAUAAAGCUAUACUGAGGCAGAACACCAUUUUCUGUUCAAAUUCCGCUUUGUGUGUUUUAGCAUGCACAGCACACACUGCCCAGUAUAUCUUGGAAUGGGCUCCAUCCUGAACAGUCCUGGCCACCUCCCCUGGACUUCAACUCCCGACAGGCUUGACAAUGGUCUAGUAUUUCAGACAACACUGUACAAUCACUGAUGGUGGAGUGUGCAGACUUGUAUUGAAGUGAGUUUGUUCCUUGCUUUUUUUUUAAUUAUAACUUUUCACUGUAAGGUGCAGGAGGACUGAACACUAGCAGAGGCAAGGGUGUCACUGAACUCCACUUGUGUGAGCUGUAUUGUCCUGCAGGGAAUUUUCUCUUUAAACAAUAAAGGCCAUUCCUUUGCAGAGGAAAA